GUUACAGGUAUCUGUUUUUUCGGAAAUGGUCCGUAAAUUGAAGUUUCACGAGAAAAAAUUGCUGAAAAAGGUUGACUUCAUUUCUUGGGAACUUGAUAAUAACAUUCAUGAGGCGAAGAUCUUACGAAAAUAUCACAUCAAGAAACGCCAGCAUUACUCGAUGUACAAUACGUUGGCAGCUAAUAUUCGAGAAAUUGCACUGAAGUUAAAGGAAUUACCACUGAAUGAUCCAUUUCGUUUGAAAACGGUCCGAGAAUUUUUGGAAAAAUUGUAUUCCGUCGGGCUGAUACCGACUGCUGACACGUUAGAACGUGCUAGUAAAAUUUCCGCUUCUUCGUUUUGUAGGCGACGGUUACCGGUGGUGAUGAAACGUUUAGAAAUGGCAGAAACUGUACAAAAUGCGAGCGAACUUGUGGAACAAGGCCACGUACGUGUUGGGAUAGAAUUAAUAACUGAUCCUGCAUUUCUGGUUACUCGAAAUUUGCAGGACUGUAUUACAUGGACAAAGGACUCAAAAAUUCGGAAGCAUAUUCUCAACUAUAAUAAUGAACGUGAUGAUUUUUUGUUGUAAUAAUUUUUUAUCCUUUCAUUUGAUUCUAAGGAACUAUUGGCUUUUUUCCUUCGAAUUCUUAACCGAUGUUUUAAACAUUCUGAUGAAAAGAUGGUGGAUUAAUAUGAAGUUUACCCAGUCAUUUAUUACUUAGCGGAUUCGGUUGAUGAGGCAACUGCAUUCUAGACAUAUUCAUGCAUUAGCAUCCUG